GGUGCUGGGUGGAUUGCACAGGCGGAUGGGUCGGUACGAUGGGAUACCUUGACGUCUGGCUUUUGCGUCCUGGAUGGUUUUCUUCUUCACUUGCAUCAUGCUUGGGUCUUGCUCUCUGUUGAUACGAUACAUCUUUUGUCGGGGUCAUGCAUCGUGAUACCAGCCAGUCGUUCAUAGGGCCUUUUUCUUUAUCUCAUGCCUGUGUCUAUAGCAUCAUCAUCAUUUUCUUCUUCAUGUUUAUGCAAUGGCAUGGCUGGGUGGUUGGUUGGUUGGGCCAGUCGGUUGAACAGGGAUGGGGACGGUGGGCGGCAGCCAGUUUUUAUUUUCAAUGCAUCUCGCAUCGCAUCGCCAUCAUUAGCAUUUCGUGUCCUUGUUUAUCGUUGCCCGCGACUAUGGAGCUGGGAUGGGGCGGAUAUGUAAGGGAGUCAGGAGCCUCGGCGGAUGGAUGGCGUUCUUUGCUGCAAGGGAGCUUCUGGGCAUGGCGGUAUGGCUACCGGUACGGUUUGGCUUGAUGUUGGUUGUGGUUGGAUGGUGCGUACAUGUACCGUUCCGUCAUAAAAGGGACAUACAUACACAAUAUGUCACGUUUCG